UUGGUGAUCGAUGCUGGUUGAGCAGACUUAGCAGAGCUAACAUCCACCAGCGCUCCCACUUCGUUCCUCGAUCACCAUGUCCCUCCUUCCCCCCAAGCUAACGGAAGGAGAUCAAGCAGACAAGGUCGAUAAUGUAUGCACGCCGGAGCACUGUUUUCGUGCCUUCGAUGCUUUGUACUGCGCGCUAACAUCUAGCGAGCCUAUCCCGCCUACUUUCACUGACGAGAAAUAUCCACUUUUUGUGACGUGGAAUACAAGGUCAUCUCGCGCGGGCAGAUCACCCAGAUUGAGGGGUUGCAUCGGCAACUUCGAUGACAUACCCCUUAGGGAAGGUCUUGCAGAAUACGCAUUGAUCAGUGCGUUCAAAGACUCUCGUUUCCGGAAAAUAGAACGUCGAGAGCUGCCAUCUCUCGAGUGUGGAGUAUCCCUUUUGACGGAUUUCGAAGACGCAUCGUCGUAUCUAGAUUGGACCGUUGGCACUCACGGGAUUUACAUUAGCUUCCCCAACCCGUCAUUAUACCCACCAUCAUCGAGUGCUCCUUCUCCUCUAUCUUCGUCAGCAUAUCUGCCGCGAUUCAACUCCAGAGGCACUUUGACCGCCACAUAUCUCCCAGAUGUCAUGCCUGACCAAGGUUGGGACAAGGUUGAGGCUGUGGAAAGCGCUAUGCGCAAGGCAGGAUGGAACGGCUCCAUCACGGAAGACACGCUUAGGACCGUGAAACUUCGACGAUACCAGAGCAGGAAGUGCGUAGUUAGCUGGGAAUGAAUUUGUCCAGUGGAGGAGGGAGAAUGGUGACGACCAGAUCUCAUGAUUCGAAUCACUGUAUCAUCACCAAAUUGCCGAACUGUACAAAUAUUAGCGUUGGAUUUGUAUGUACCAGUACGUGAAUAGACAUGUUGUCCACAUCUAU